AUGGCGGCGGUUCAAGUGGCAGGAAUGGCGCUGAUGCCGCGACAGCGGGUCGGAUUGUCCAAGCAAGCAGCCGUGUUGCUUGGUCUUAUCGCUUGUACCUUCUUUGUGGCUACAGUCUAUGAUCAUGUAUCCACGCGCGGCUCUACAGUUGAGUUGUUGACAGCCAAGGCUGGGUCGAAGGCUCGUGUUGCUGCCACCGUGCACAAGAAACUUGGAGCUGCCUCCCACCCUGUUUUGUCUGCAGGGACCAAGCCAGUCGCUAAAGCAUCCCAGUUGGCAGAAGGGGAGGAAGCUGCAGAGGCUGCUCCUGCUCAAGGAGCGGAGACUGAGCCCAAGGGAAAUGAGUACGUUGUGGAGAACAACGAGGGCGCCGUUGCUGGAGCUUCCGCAAUCAUUUUCGUUUGCGGCGCUAUUGGUAUCGCUUUUGCCGUUUUUCUCUUCUACACAGUCUCCCAGAUCAGCCUUGACUCAUCAGGAGCUGGAGAGACUGAACAGCUGGUUGCGGCAUCUAAGGCGAGUGAUGAGGAGCUCAAGACUAUCUAUGAAACCAUCCAAGAGGGUGCUAAAUCUUUCCUUUGGGCGGAGUAUCGAAUCUGCUUUGUUUUCAUUGUUUGCUUCUCUAUCCUUAUCUUCAUCCUUGUAUCGCACACGACUGAGGGCAACGAAGCUGUCUGGCGGUGGAACAUUGGAGGCCUUACUGCUCUUUCCUUUGUCGUUGGUGGUCUCACCUCGAUCCUCUCGGGUUACAUUGGAAUGAUGGUUGCGGUGUUCGCAAAUGCUCGUACCACUGUGUCUGCCAAGAAACAGGGCGAGGCUGGCUGGACUUCUGCCUUUAACACUGCGUUUCGUGCCGGAGGUGUCAUGGGUUACUCAUUGGUUGCGAUUUCAAUGAUGGUGUUGUACAUCUUGGCUUUGAUCUAUCGCGAGAUCUUCUCCAAAUGGGAGGGCGGAAAGAGAUCUGUCGACUACAAGAAUCUGUUCGAAUGCAUUGCUGGCUAUGGUCUUGGUGGAUCUGCGAUUGCGAUGUUUGGGCGUGUUGGAGGUGGAAUCUUUACCAAGGCUGCGGAUGUCGGUGCGGAUCUUUCAGGAAAGGUCAUUGGAGUUGGUGAUGGAAAGAAGUUGGAUGAAGACUCGCCCUACAACCCCGGUGUGAUCGCCGACAACGUUGGAGACAAUGUCGGUGACGUUGCGGGAAUGGGUUCUGACCUUUUUGGCUCCUUUGGCGAGGCUUCUUGCGCCGCCAUGCUCAUUGGAGCAUCAUCUGUAGCGAUCGAGGAGGCUGGCUGGUCUGCCUUGGUUUUCCCUCUCUACAUCGCGGCAUGCGGCAUUGUCGUCUGCUUGUUGACAUCAUUCGUCGCCACGGAUCUGAUGCCGGUGAAGAAGGAGGAAGACAUCGAAGUCGCCCUGAAAGUUCAGCUGUUCCUGACUUCCCUUCUUAUGACCUUUGCUCUGUUUCCCAUCACCACCAUUUUCCUUCCAUCAGAGAUCCAGAUCAUGGGAGUUCCUGAGCCUGCCUCUUCGUUUGUGUGCUAUAUCUGCAUCGUUGCUGGGCUUUGGGGUGGAUGCGCGAUCGGCUUCAUCACCGAGUACUACACGUCUCACUCGUACCAACCUGUCCGCGACGUUGCACGAGCAUCCGAGACAGGAGCUGCUACCAAUAUCAUCUACGGCUUGGCACUUGGCUAUCAGUCUGCCAUCAUUCCGGUGGUGAUCAUUUCUUUCAUCAUCUUCACCUCCUUCAAGUUUGCUGGAAUGUAUGGUGUUGCUCUGGCUGCGUUGGGAAUGCUUUCUACUCUCGCUACCUGCUUGGCCAUCGAUGUGUACGGACCGAUCUCCGACAACGCCGGUGGUAUCGCGGAAAUGUGUGAGCUUCCCUCUGAGGUUCGCGACAAGACGGAUGCCCUCGAUGCUGCUGGAAACACCACUGCCGCUAUCGGAAAAGGUUUCGCAAUCGGCUCAGCUGCUUUGGUUUCCCUUGCGCUUUUCGGAGCCUUUGUGACCAGGUGCUCUGCUUCGAUGGAUGCUCAGAAUGCCCUUACAGUCAAGGGAGUCAACCUGCUGUCCCCUGUUGUCUUCGCCUUCAUCCUCUUCGGAGCCAUGAUCCCCUACUGGUUCUCAGCGCUCACGAUGAGGUCUGUUGGUGAGGCUGCCAACGCCAUGGUUAAGGAGAUCGCCCGCCAGUGGGCCGAGAUCCCUGGGCUGUCAGACAUUGCUGGAUUGGACUUCCAUGAGCGACAGGAAUUCAAGGCCAAGCACAAGGAGGUGGUCGUUCCGGAAUACGACAAGUGCAUUAGCAUUGCCACCAACUCGUCGCUGAAGGAGAUGAUUGCUCCUGGACUCCUCGUCAUCCUCAGCCCCAUCCUUGUUGGAUCUUUCUGCGGUGUGGAGGCUGUUGCUGGUCUGCUCACAGGUGCCAUCGUCUCGUCUGUUCAGUUGGCCAUCUCCAUGUCGAACACGGGAGGUGCUUGGGACAACGCCAAGAAGUACACGGAGAAGGGAGAACUCAACGGCUGGUUUCCCUUCCGUGACGGCAGCUCAAUCGAUGAUGAGAAGUUCAAAGCUGCUGCUGAGGCGAACAGUGGAGACAAGGCUGUGCGUCAGCCGAAGGGAGGGUAUGGCUCUACUGAGGAGCACGUGUCAGUCAAGACGUGGCUCGCUGAGCUGGAGAAGUCUGAUCCCUCCAGGUAUCAGAAGAUUAUGUCCGGAGAUGAGCCUGUGGUCACGACUGAUGGACGCAAGUGCAUCUAUGCCGGCAAGAAGUCCAACGUGCAUGCGGCAGCAGUUGUUGGCGACACUGUCGGCGACCCUUUGAAGGACACCUCAGGACCUGCUCUUAACAUCGUGAUGAAGUUGAUGGCCAUCAUCUCUGUUGUCUUUGCUGACUUCUUUAUGUCCAUUAACCAUGGUAACGGAGUUUUCUGGACUGGAGACUUGUCGGCUUAA